CACCGCUUUUCUUUUACUAAACUCCCGGACGGUGUUUUUCUUCUGCGUUUGGAACCUUUUUCUUGACUGCAAGUCAUGGCAUCUCAUCUCCUCCGGUACCUGCGCUGUGCCUUCUUCUUCCUCCUCCUCCUCCAGCUCUCCCUGGCGUCUCCCACCCCGAACCCGAACGAAGAUUGCUACUGCUUCCCCGGGGAGUCCUGCUGGCCCACUCCUGCGCAAUGGGCCGAGUUCAAUCGCACGGUAGACGGCCGUCUGAUCGCGACCACCCCGAUCGGCAGCGUCUGUCAUGUCGACAACCCGUGGACGGGCUACAACGUGACGGAGUGCAACGCCCUGCGUGCCAAUUGGGACUUCCCCCACACGCACUAUGAAAGCUCAUCCUCCGUGAUGGCUGGGUUGUACGCCAACCAGAGCUGCGACCCCUUCCUCGGUCCGGCCUCGCGCUGCAUCGUGGGCACCUACGUGCAGUACGCGGUGCGCGCCGAGUCGGCCGCGGACAUCCAGCAGACGCUGGCCUUCACACGCGCGCAUCACAUCCGCAUCGUCGUGCGCAACACCGGCCACGACUACCUGGGCAAAUCCACGGGGGCGGGGGCGGUCGCCAUCUGGACACAUCACUUAAAGACGAUCGACUUCCUCGACGAGUACCGCUCGCCCAGCUACCGCGGGCCUGCCGUGCGCGUCGGGGCGGGGGUGCAGAUCUUCGAGGCCAACGCCGCCGCCAGCCGGCGCAACCUGACCGUCGUCGGGGGCAACUGCCGCAGUGUCGGGCUGGCGGGCGGAUACAGCCAGGGCGGGGGCCACGGCCAGCUGGUGUCCCGCCAUGGGCUGGCAGCCGACCAGGUGCUGGAGUGGGAGGUGGUGACCGCGACCGGCGAUCACCUCGUGGCCACGCCGCACAACCGCCACGCCGACCUGUACUGGGCGCUGGCCGGCGGCGGCGGCGGCACCUACGCGGUCGUCCUCGCCAUGACCAGCCGCGCCCACCGCGAGCUGCCCACCGCCGCCGCCACCCUUGCCUUUGCCGCGCCCGCUGCCGCCAACCACUCCGCCGCCCUGGCCGCCCUGGCCGCCUACAACACCGUUGUCGACCUCUUCUUCAACAGCACGCUGGGCCCGCUGCUGGACGCCCGCGGCGCCGCGAUCUGGGAGCUCACCGCCGCGGGCUUCAGCGCCACCCCGCUCACCCUCCCCGGCGGCACGCAGCCCCAGCUGCAGCGCCUCCUGGACCCGAUGCUCGCCGCCCUCACCCGCCUCCGGGUGCCCUACACCUACUCUAUCGCCGCCUUCCCCACCUUUUACACAAGCUUCGAGACCAUGUCCCCCGACGUCAACAUCUCCGCCUACAACCUCGGCGGUCGGCUGCUCCCGCGCCGUCUCCUCGACUCCGACCCCGCCAUCCUCGUCGACCGCUUCCGCUCGAUCCUCGCCUCCGGCGCCGUGCUGUCCGGCGUCUCCGUCAAUGCCUCGCGGGAGCUGCCGCGCAAUACCCCGCCGAAUGCCGUGAAUCCCGCGUGGCGGGACGCGGCCAUUGAUCUGGUGAUCGGGACAGCCUACAGCGAGACCAACACCACCCUCAAUACCCUCAACCAGCAACUCAUCACCGACACGCUGCUGCCCCCGCUCGAGGAACUCACCCCCGGCGGUGGCGCGUACCUCAACGAGGCGGACGCCCACCAGCCCGAUUGGCAGCAUGUCUUCUACGGCGAGAACUAUGCCCAGCUGUGCAGCAUUAAGCGGCGGUAUGAUCCCGAGGGUAUCUUUUAUGCGCGGACGGCAGUCGGGAGUGAGUCGUAGGUGGAGAGACUGGAUGGGCGGUUGUGUCGACGACGGAUGUAGAGUCGUUGUUGUUGUUAUUGUUGCUUUUAUUAUGAAUGCUGUUGUAAUGCUCAACGCCUAGAAUGCAAAGGGGGCGUGCGUGCCCUAAUCUCAGUGUAUGUGUGUAACUGACUGGGCAUGAUAAUUGUUGAAUCAUGCCAAGCAAAAGACGCUGCUUUUAAGCUUGUGUAAAUCCGUUCCUAUGGCCAAAAGCCAG